UUAAGAUAAUUAAGAUUAACAACGCGGUUACAGUUAGCGUUCUUUUAUGGUUUUCAAUGAUUAAUAGAAUAUUAGGUCUAAAACGAAAAUCUUAAAGGAAUUUUUUGUAAUUGUGUGUUUGUGACAUUAAUUUGAGUCAAAUCUCGUUCUUUUAGGUAGUUUUUCGUAUUCAAAAAUAUGGGACGAGGAAGAGAUCGUAGUCGAGAUCGCCGUCGAAGCCGAAGCAGGAGUAGAAGUAGAAGCCGCAGUCGCAGUCCUAGGUAUGGCCUCGGCGGCGGCGGCGGCGGUGGUGGAGGCGGCGGUGGGGGAUACGGCGGAGGAGGUAGACGCAAUAAUCCGGGCGCCAACCUUCGGAAACCGAAGUGGGACCUUAGCAGGCUCAAACCAUUCAAGAAGGAUUUCUAUGUUCCCCAUCCUGAUGUUGAAGAAAGACCUGAAUCAGAAGUUGAAUCUUGGCGCAGUAAUAAUGAAAUAACGCUAAAAGGGAAAAAUAUACCUAAGCCAACACUGACUUUUGAAGAAGCUGGAUUUCCCAGCUAUGUCAUGGAUGAAAUUGAUAAAAUGGGAUUUUCUAAACCUACUCCUAUACAAGCUCAAGGUUGGCCUAUAGCACUAAGUGGUCAUGAUAUGGUAGGAAUUGCAUCCACUGGUUCUGGCAAGACACUGUCAUAUAUUCUGCCUGCAAUCGUGCAUAUUAACAAUCAACCUAAAUCUAGCAGGGGUGAUGGUCCUAUUGCCUUAGUGUUAGCACCGACUAGAGAAUUAGCACAACAGAUACAAGAAGUUUCUGACAAAUUUGCUAACACCUCAAAAAUACACAAUACAUGCUUAUUUGGGGGAGCACCUAAAGGGCCACAAGCUAGAGAUCUGGAUGCAGGGGUAGAGAUUGUAAUAGCCACACCAGGUCGUUUAUUAGACUUCUUAGAGAGUGGAAGAACUAACUUGAAAAGAUGCACAUAUUUAGUCCUUGAUGAAGCUGAUAGAAUGUUGGACAUGGGAUUUGAACCUCAAAUAAGAAAAAUUAUAGAACAGAUACGACCAGAUCGACAAACCCUUAUGUGGUCUGCUACUUGGCCUAGAGAAGUGCAGAGUUUAGCUUCAGAAUUUUUAAAAGAUUAUUUGCAAAUAAAUGUUGGAUCACUUUCACUUGCUGCAAAUCAUAAUAUUCUUCAAAUAAUAGAUGUUUGUAUGGAGUAUGAGAAAGAAACUAAAUUGAGUACUCUGCUAAAAGAAAUUAUGGCUGAGAAAGAAAAUAAGACUAUCAUAUUUAUAGAAACAAAGCGCAGAGUUGAUGAUAUCACAAGAAAAAUGAAGAGAGAUGGGUGGCCCGCUGUUUGUAUUCAUGGUGAUAAAUCUCAAAAUGAACGUGAUUGGGUACUACAAGACUUUCGUAGUGGAAAAGCCCCGAUACUUGUUGCCACGGAUGUUGCAGCUAGAGGUUUAGAUGUGGAUGAUGUAAAGUUUGUUAUUAAUUUUGACUAUCCCAGUAAUUCUGAAGAUUAUGUUCAUCGUAUUGGAAGAACUGGAAGGACAAAUAAGACUGGAACAGCAUAUACAUUCUUUACACCCUCAAAUGCUGCAAAGGCUGGUGAUUUAGUGGCAGUUUUGAAGGAAGCUAAACAAGUGGUUAAUCCAAAAUUACAAGAGCUUUCGGAACGGGGUAGUGGCGGCGGUGGUAGACGUCAUCGUCGCGGCGGUCGAUACCGCAGAGGUCGUCGCUCCAGAUCCAGAUCCCGCUCCCGCGACAGGCGACGCCGCUCCCGCACACGCUCGCGGUCGCGGGACCGUCGUCGCCGCCGACACAGUUCAUCUCGUUCGUCAAGAAGCCGCUCGUCUCGUUCAUCGCGAAGCCGCUCUCGUUCCCGCUCUCGCAGCCGUUCUCGCUCAGGCAAGUGCAGCCCAGUAAAGGAUGCUCCUACCGUAAAUCAGAAACCGUCGCAGGGCUUGCUUCCUACGCCUCAACCACUUUUGCCCACACCUAUUGGUCCACAGCUUCCGAUAAACUUUGAUAAUGCAAAUGGUAAAGAAAAACCGAUUAAUACACUACAAAAUAAAAAUAGUACAGAUAGCAAUCCAUUUAUAAACAAUUUAGUCAACAAAAAUGUAAAUGCGAGCAAUAAUUAUGAACAACAAUCAACCAGUGUACCACCACCAUCACUGAUGGCUAUAAAUCCACAAGUGAAUCCACAGAUGUGUAUGAAUACCAUGAAUGGGCAAGGCUUUGUAAUGCCGACUUAUUUUCCUGCAGAGCAGUAUGGAGUGAUGAUGCCUUCAUAUACUACUAACCCUAUGUUAAAUACAACGUGGGGGGCUCCACCUCCCCCGCCACCUCCCCCUCCCCCGGCAGAAGUCCAAUGUGGAAAUUUUAACCAAAAUUAUGGGCAAAGUGGUUUGGGUCAUAGCGGCGUAGACUCAGAUUCCAGAAAUCCGGGACGUUCUGGUGGUCUCGGGAGUUCGACCCAAUAUGACUACCGCGGCAGCCUCGGCUCUGGAAUGUCUUCAGGCUCAAGUGGAGGCUUGGGCUCCGGAGCAAGAGUUGGCUCCAGUGGAGGCCACAGGUCAGAAGGUGGUCUCGGCUGCAGUGGGGGCCCGGGCUUUGGCGAGGGCCUGGGCUCUGGUGGAGGUCUGGGCUCUGGCGGAGGCUUGGGCUCUGAAGAUAACGGUAGUGGCCAGAGGCAGAGAGGUGGUCGAGAGCGGAGAAGGCGAGGUGGAAGAGGACGCAAUCGCGACCGCGAUGGCUUUAGCUCGGAAAGUUCGGGCGGAGGCCUCGGGUCGCAAGACUCGGGCGGAUUGGACACAGGCGGCCUCGCGUCUGGCGGUCCCGCAGUGCCCCAUGGGAGCCUUCUUCCGCGCCUGCUGCCUCAAAGCGGAGAUCAUAGUGCUUCACAAGCUGCCAAUUUCACUGCCUUUGGCUCAUACGGCUCUAAAAACAGACGACAUCCACAAGAUAAUAGUGAUUUCCAAAAUUUUAACCAAAAUAAUCAACCUCAGCAGAAUAAUUACUAUCCUCAGCAAAAUUAUGGCUUUGGUGCUGAAUACUAUAAUCCCGCUUUGAACCAAGCUCAUGCGAGCAGCGCAAUGUCGAAUGGCUCCAUGGGGUACCAUCAUGACCGCCAGCCAAAUCGCUUCCACCGUUGAACGUGAAUGAGAGAAUGGACGCAAUGGGGAUUCUAGGCGUCGAAGAAGACGUUAAGGAAGAACUUUUUGGAGUAGCUUUAAUGUUUAAGGAACAAAUGAAGUGCAACAAGAUUUUAAUUUUCCAUUCCAUUGUGUGGGCUUGUAUUGUAUUGAAUCAUCAUUAUGUGAAUAGAAAGUUUUGAUAAUAUAAUGAACAUAUAGCUGCCUUGCAUCAAAAAUAUUUGUACUAGUAGUAGUAUUAUAACAGUAUUGUUAUAACAUAAAUAUAUUAUAUGUUAUAGUAUGACACAAUAUAAUAUAAUAUUAUUGUGGUUUAUUACACAUUACACUAAUGUUAUGUCUAACAAGUUAUGUAUAGAAAUUCAACUUUGGUUCACAAGAUUAUGCAUAACAUUUGGUUUCUAGUUUCGAUUUAAUUAUUACACAAUGCCAAAAGUACAAUGGAACAUAAUAUUACCAAAUUCAGAGUUAUGUUGCAAAAGUGUAAUUAUAAUAAUAAGGUAUGUAAUAUUGACUAAAAAAACUUAUUUUGUACUAAUUAUCAUGUAACAGUAGUUUUGGCUUGGCAGCCAUAAUGACAUUGUCUCAGACUACAUUUAAAUAUGUACCUUACAAAAAGUAAAGGCUAGAUUUCCAUUAGUGGAAUAUCAAAUAUCUCCAUACUUUGUGUAUUGGAUAUAUAAAUGACUGUAUAUAUAUUAUGUAUGCCUGAAAUGAAAUGCAUUAGGUAUGUUUUGUAUUGAAUUGAAAUUACGAUAUUUAAGAAAUACUGGUAGAUGUAGUAAUAUAGUUCAUGUAUACAUACAUUAAACAGUGAUUUUAA